GACUUGUGAGACAUAUAAGUACUCUGAGAUCAUCCCGAGGAAUGGUCAGACACGUCGAGUACCUCCUGAAGGGUUGGACGUAACACACCACAGAAAAUGAAGAUGCGUCUACGACUCCUCUCUCUGGUCCUCCUUUCUUGGGUGGUCCUGACGAUCGCCCAGGAAAAGGAAGAUGUGCAACCGAACCAGCUGGAAGCCGAAGAGCCCCUCGACGUGGUAGAAUCUCCAGAAGCUCCUCUCGACAGGACGAAAAGGACAUUGUUCUUGAAGAAGAAACUCCUGGGUGCCGGCGCUCUAGGCUUCGGACUAGGAUUUGGCGUUGGAGCAGCCAAAGGAUACAAUUAUGGCCAUGGAGGAUAUGGAGGAUAUGGCGGAUAUGGCGGAUAUGGCGGAUAUGGCGGAUAUGGAGGAUAUGGAGGAUAUGGAGGUUAUGGUGGCUACAAGGGUUACAGAAAACCCGGGUAUUACCAUUAUGGCGGCGACCCCACGUACGUCGUCCAGCGUCCCGUUUACGUAGAACGUCCAAGUUACGGAUACAGUCAUCCAAGCUAUGGAUAUGGAGGUUCAAACAGUUACGCCAAUAGUGCUGCUAGCAGUUUUAGUGCCGGUGGAAAUUUCGGGCCCAUUUCUGGGGGAAUAUCUGCCAGUCAGGCCAGUGCAAGUGCCAGUUCCGGUUCUGGAUGGAACGGCUACGGAGGGUACCACUACUGAACAAAAUGGCGGCCGUCAGAGAUCUCGAGCGGACCGUAACGCGGGGAGAUUCGACGUCUAAUCUAAGAAUUCUGGAUGCAAUCCUGCAACUUUACAUACCUCGUGUAAUAUAUGCGUUAGAUUUAAAGUCUUUUGUACGGAUACAUUAAUAAAAUUGUAUUUAUCCCUA